GAAAUACUAGCUCUUACCCACAGAUCGAUCGUUGGGUGGAUAGGAAAUUUCUUACAAGCGUCAUCCGAGCUUCUCCAAAAAUCCCUUAGUUUUAAUAACAAUAAUUGAGAAAUUUAGAUACCAUAUCCUUGGGAAUAGUAGAUUCGUGUCUCGGCCGGUUACAACGAGCGCGUCGACAUAUUCCCUCGGAAAGCAUCCAGAACGGUUGUGUCGUAUUAAUUUCGGGACAUGUAUAAAAUAAUAUUCAAAGCGUGUGUACAUAAUAAUAUGUAAAAUGUGUAGUAGUGCUUUCACAAUUUUGUUAUUUAUAUCUACAAGUAAUAUCCAAAUUACAAGUAUGGAUACAGUGCCAAAAGGUAUAAACAAUUUAACGUAUUUGAAAAGAGAUGAUCAUGCUCUAUUCAGUUCUAAAUAUGACGAUGAAACUCUUACGAAAGGUGACAUAAAAUUGUGGAAAAGACGUCGCAGAAUGUCUGAAAUUUUGGACAGAAGAUCAAAUGUAAGCGGUGAGGUCAAAGAAACUAGACUACCAAUAAAGUAUUCCAAGUACGAAGUGAAUGAAUUGGUUUCAUCGGAAGCUAACAACGAGGUAUUAAUAAAAAAAUUCAAAGAACUUUGGCCAGUAAAUUUAUGGCGUCGCUUUGGCCUGUUUACCGAUGAUUAUCUACACUUGGUGAAUCCAUACUGGCUGAGCUUCGCCCCGCCACAUCCUUUACUGCAUUAUGGCCUCGGUGCAUUCUACAUCAUGAUGACCACUGUUGGGUCCACUGGCAAUGCUUUGGUGAUGUUCAUGUAUUUUAGAUGCCGUUCCCUGAGAACGCCGGGAAAUAUUCUAGUUGCAAAUCUAGCAUUGAGUGAUUUUAUGAUGCUUGCGAAGACACCUAUUUUUAUAUUUAAUUCGUUUAACCUCGGACCAGCUUUAGGCAAAACUGGUUGCGUUAUUUAUGGAUUUGUUGGUGGGUUAACAGGAACUACGUCAAUAGCAAUCCUAACCGCAAUAUCCUUAGAUCGGUACUGGGCGGUCGUGCGGCCAUUGGAACCACUACGAGCUCUGACUGCCAUCCGUGCUCGACUCAUGGCAAUAGCUGCAUGGAUUUACGCUACAUUAUUUGCCAUAAUUCCAGCCUUGGAUAUAGGUUACGGUCGCUACGUGCCCGAAGGAUUCCUGACAAGCUGUAGUUUUGAUUAUCUAACUGAAGAACUUCCGCCUCGCUAUUUCAUUUUUGUAUUUUUUUGCGCAGCCUGGCUCGCGCCUUUCUGCACCAUAUCGUACUGUUAUAUAAGCAUAUUUCGGGUUGUCGUAUGUAGUCGAAAUAUUACUACAAAAAAUCAAGAACAACGGCUCUCCACGAGACAUGUAAAGGAGCGAACAAAACGUAAAGCUGAAAUCAAACUUGCCUUUUUGGUUAUAGUUGUAAUUGCAUUGUUUUUUAUUUCAUGGACACCGUAUGCAAUUGUUGCACUUUUAGGAAUAUUUGGAAAAAAGGAUCUUAUCAAACCGCUAACAUCCAUGAUACCUGCAUUAUUUUGUAAAACAGCCGCUUGUAUUAAUCCUUUCAUUUAUAUCAUUACUCAUCCUAAAUUUCGAAAGGAAUUCAAGAGAAUGUUGUCCAGAGAUAAAACAGAACGAAGUGGAACAAUAAAAACUAUUGGAUAUUAUACUGAAGCGAGUAAAUUCCAUCGUCCUAGUAAGGACUUCAGUGACACUGAAGUUGAAAUAGUUGAAAUGAAAGAUAUACCGUACCGAAAUGAAGACACAACUAACACAGUUGAAGAAAAAAUUAAUACGGUGUCUGCUAAAUUAGCUAAACGAGAAGGAUCGCAAAAAUCGCAAAGUAGUAUCAGCAUGAAAAGUUUCGAAGAAAACGUUGUGAGUCCCCCUUCGUGGUAUUGUAAACCGAAAUUCGCCAAAAAAAAGAGUUUCCAUCGUCGUUCUACACAUAGUAUGGUUUCUCAAAAUACCGAUCCAACUGUCUAAUUAAGCAUAUCCAUUUAAUUAAGCGCUAGUAUCGUAGUAAUAUUACAUGUCGUAGCUGCUAGUGAAAUUGGAUAAAUAAUAUAUUGUCACGAAAAUAAUGUGGGCACCUAACGACUAAUUAGGUAUACUAUAUUAUCCCAAUUUUUAUUUCUUAAAUGAGCAGUUUGCAAUUUCUCACACGAAGAACACAGAGAAAAACUCACAGAAGUUGUUUCCUACACAGGAUUUGUCUUAAUCGGACCACAGAGAGGUUUGUUUACAUUUUAAUUUAUUUUUUCUAAUAAUUAAAAUUGAAAUCAAACCAAGUAAUAAAUAAACUUAAUAAAACAUUAAGAUAAAUUAUAUUAAUAUAAAUAUAAGAUAGAUUUAAGAAAUAAAUUAAAAUCAAAACUACUUUUGUUUAUUAAUUUAAGUUUAUACACAAAUGUACAGUGGCGGACGUAAUGCCAAAAACAUUCUUUACUAGUCAACCAAAGAUGUUGUAGAACAGUCUGUUUCCCAACCUUUUUUGUGCCGUGCCCCGCUGCAACCUUUCUAAAUUUUUUACAUCAUUGCAAACAUAAAAAAUAUGCUUUGUUUACUUAAGAAACCUAAAUGAUAAGUUUUAGGAAGAUAUCACUAUGAAAUUGUUAUCAGAACACAGUAACGUUAUAUAUUAUAUCAAAACAAGUAAUAAAUAACUGAAAUUCAAUUCAAAAUAAUUUUAAUACAGAUUUUCUAUAUUAAUUUAGUGCAGUUGCCCCCCUUAAUUAUCAAAUUGCCCCCUUGUGGGGCGGGGGCCCCCCGUUGGGAAACACCGGUGUAGAGAGUUCUUUGGUAGGUGCAUUACUUUAUUGAAAAGAAAAGAAAAUUACGGUUUAAUGACACGUUGUUUAUUGGUAUUAAAUUAUUUUCGAGGCUAUCAAUAAUUUACAGUAUUUUGUGGGACCUGUUAAUCUGCGACGUUUACAUAACUUACAAUUUACAACCAACAACGAACGUAGGUAAUUGAAACGUCGGAAAUAAUAAUAAAAUGACAAAAAAAAAAGUUAGAUUGUGGCGUUAGCCAUCACAGAACACAAGAUAUUUGACAGAUGCCUGAAUCUCGCUUACGAUAUUUUCAAAAUAAGCUCGCAUAUAUCCACAAGUUUCGAACAACAACAUUCGGACCGUCGCUGCGUCGGUCUACCGAGCAAUAUCACCCGCUCGGUGGAAGAUCUUCCCUUUGUCGUUUAAUCUCUCCAAACUGGGUUGAACUGUAGCGGCUAGUGGCGACCUAAAACCUAAACCGUAAAAGUAGUUUUAAUUGUGUCUACGCGGAAAUAGAAGAAAAUACCAUACCUGUAAAUUUCUAUGUAAAUCUAAUCUGACUUUCAUUUAGAAGUAAUUACAAAUGACCUAUAGUAUCAAAAGCCGCAAUAGGUAUACGUAUGUAGCGGGUAGCCAUCUUAGAACACAAACUCAGUGGAAGAUCUUCCCUUUAUCGUUAACACCAGACAUUUGUACAUAUACAUAUUAUUAUAUGAAGGUAAAUACAUUGUAGAGUUCAGACUAAUAUGAUUACCGUUGUAAACAUUAUGAACUACGAUUAUAAUAAAUUGAUGAGGCUUCUAAAACAAAAACAGUAAUGCACCAAUGUGUAAUAAAGUUAUGAGCUAACAUUUGAUUUAUGUAUGCUUGUACAAUUAAUAUAUAGAAGUUAAUCAGA